AUGGAGACUGACGCGCCCCAGCCCGGCCUCGCCUCCCCGGACUCGCCGCACGACCCCUGCAAGAUGUUCAUCGGGGGACUCAGUUGGCAGACUACGCAGGAAGGGCUGCGCGAAUACUUCGGCCAGUUCGGGGAGGUGAAGGAGUGUCUGGUGAUGCGGGACCCUCUGACCAAGAGAUCCAGGGGUUUCGGCUUCGUCACUUUCAUGGACCAGGCGGGGGUGGAUAAAGUGCUGGCGCAGUCGCGGCACGAGCUCGACUCCAAAACAAUUGAUCCCAAGGUGGCCUUUCCUCGGCGAGCACAGCCUAAGAUGGUGACUCGAACGAAGAAGAUCUUUGUGGGGGGGCUGUCAGUGAACACCACGGUGGAGGACGUGAAGCAGUAUUUUGAACAGUUCGGGAAGGUGGACGAUGCCAUGUUGAUGUUUGACAAAACCACCAAUCGGCACCGAGGGUUCGGGUUUGUCACGUUUGAGAGCGAGGACAUCGUGGAGAAAGUGUGUGAAAUCCACUUCCAUGAAAUCAACAACAAAAUGGUGGAAUGUAAGAAAGCUCAGCCAAAAGAGGUGAUGUCGCCAACGGGCUCAGCCCGGGGGAGGUCUCGAGUCAUGCCCUAUGGGAUGGACGCCUUCAUGCUGGGCAUCGGCAUGCUGGGUUACCCCGGUUUCCAGGCCACAACCUAUGCCAGCCGGAGUUACACAGGCCUCGCCCCUGGCUACACCUACCAGUUCCCUGAAUUCCGUGUAGAGCGGACCCCUCUCCCGAGCGCCCCAGUCCUCCCCGAGCUUACAGCCAUUCCUCUCACUGCUUACGGACCAAUGGCGGCAGCGGCGGCAGCGGCGGCUGUGGUUCGAGGGACAGGCUCUCACCCCUGGACGAUGGCUCCCCCUCCAGGUUCAACUCCCAGCCGCACAGGGGGCUUCCUGGGGACCACAAGCCCUGGCCCCAUGGCCGAGCUCUAUGGGGCAGCCAACCAGGACUCAGGGGUCAGCAGUUACAUCAGCGCUGCUAGCCCCGCCCCCAGCACCGGCUUUGGCCACAGUCUUGGGGGCCCCUUGAUUGCCACAGCUUUCACCAAUGGGUACCACUGA